CUGGACCACAUACUAUAAUGUACCAGAAAUUAUAAUUGACUUAAAUCAUUCGCAAUAGACGAAUAAUAAUGUUUAAUAUAUCUUGUAUAACAAAAAAAAUGUGCGAUCUCAAUGGAGAACCAGUAGUUUCAAUCACCAAUUCUCUUAGAGAGAAACGAUACUACAGAAGAGAUAUUAAGGAGAGAACUUGAUUAAUUAAUUCCGUGGUUUUGCAAAUACAACCUUGACCAUGCCUUUUAAUAUUUUCGAUGACCUGUAGAAAUCAAAACCACAUCUAAAGCUAUCGAUCUCUUGUAUUUGCUUGUGGUUGAUGUUAAUAAUACGACAUUAUCGAUUGUUUUUCAAUACUGAGACAACAAAGCAACCCGAUAUAAAAGCAAUAAAUCAUGAACGAAGCCACUGUAGUUGAUGUACGGAAGUAAAAGACCACUCUAUAACACGAUUUUUCUUGUGUGAGUGGUAUUGAAGAUGCCAACUGAGAAAAUCGCUGUGGUAACCGGGGCCAAUAAGGGAAUAGGCUUUGCGAUAGUAAAGGGUCUAUGCGAAAGAUUUCAAGGGUCUGUUUAUUUGACAUCGAGAAAUGAAGAAAAAGGAAAAACGGCAGUAGCGAAGCUAAAAGAGUUGGGUUUUAACCCGCUAUACCAUCAACUGGAUAUUGCUGAUCAGACCAGUGUGGAUAAUUUCAAAGAACACAUUCGAACCGCUCAUGGGGGAUUGAAUUUGUUGAUUAACAAUGCUGCUGUUUUGUAUCGGUUGUCAGAUCCACCGCAACCAGCUGCCGAACUCGCAAGGCUUGCAGAGAACACCCUAAAUAUCAAUUACUACGGCACCAAACGCAUAUGUGAAGCGUUAUUUCCAUUGUUACGCAACAAUGCCAAAGUUGUAAACGUGUCGAGUUCAGCUGGUCAUCCGUCUAGAAUUCCCUUGGCAAGUUUAAGAGCAAAAUUCACUAAUCGCGAUUUGACUAUUCCACAACUGGAUCAACUUGUUGAAAAAUUCCUCAGUGAUGCCCGAGACAAUAAAACAGAACAAGAAGGAUGGGGUAAACUCCCUUAUUGCGCCUACGUUAUAUCGAAAAUCGCUGUUUCUGCAUUUACAAAUAUCCAACAAAAAAGCUUUGAUAAAGAAGUGCCCCACAGGAAUAUUUCCAUCAAUUCUGUUCAUCCCGGUUGGAUUAAAACGGACAUAAACGAUCAGGGUAUUCAGACCGUUGAGCAAGGUGCCAGGGGGUCUCUUUAUUUGGCGUUGGAUGCAGAAUUAAAGGGGAAAUAUGUCUGGUUUGACUGUCGUCUUGUGGACUGGUAUGGAGAGACCUCGCCACCAAAACCGACAGCAUAACAAAUAUUUGUUAUAAAUAUUAUUAGAUAAAAAUGAAUUGGAUAUGAACAAUACAUACGGAACCAUCGAACAAGUGUUUUAUUUCUAUUGAAUCUUAAAAACAGAUUAUUUUUUUA